UAAUAAAACAAUGUCAAAUUCUUGAAUAAAAUAAAUUAAAUAGAUAAAAAUUUUGUUGUUCUAUUCGUUCUUUUCUUCGAUGCGAUUACUUUAACAAUUCCACGAAUUAGAAUGCAAAGAUAGUCGUAACACAGUUGUCAGUAUAAAUAGAGCGUUUUGUUUUAAGUUGGGACUUAUUAUUUUUUUGGAAAGUGAUUUGAUAUACCAACAAACAAGUCAAUCAUGGAAACAAGUCGCGAAGAAAUGUGUAAAAGUUUGACCGAAUGGUUUUUUGUAUUUUAUAAUGAAAAUUGCGUUUCAUCCGAUCAACAUCUCGUGAAAAACUAUUUAAACGAUUUAACCGAUGGAGUUGCAAUCGCUAUGGCUCUACAAAAAUUAGCACCCGACUAUUUUACACAAGCAUGGUUUUUGAAGCUUAAAGUUGAUAAUAUCGGUAAUAACUGGCGUCUCAAAGUGAGUAAUUUGAAAAAAAUCAUCGAAACUGUCACCGAGUAUUACAAUGACGUUUUGAACAUUACACUGACUGAGUUUAUAAGUCCGAAUGUGAUGAAAAUCGGCGAAAAAGGCGAUCCUAGCGAAUUAGGACGUUUUCUACAACUGGUAUUAGGAUGUGCAAUAAAUUGUUCGUCAAAGCUGGAUUAUAUCCGCCAAAUUAUGGAAUUAGAAGAAUCAUUGCAACGCAAUAUAAUGCAGGCAAUUCAAGAGCUUGAGUCAUCAUAUCAAGGAUCAAUGGCAUCCAAAGCGUCAUCGAUAAGCAAUUUUGAUACGAAAUCCAUCCAAGAAGAUCGCGAUCGACUGGCACAAAAGUGCCACGAAGCGGAAAGACAAAUUGCACUCUUACUUGAGGAAAAGGCACAAAUGGCACAGGAAUUGAAUAAACUUCAGCGCGAAGUUGAAAUGUACGAAAAUCCAAAAGGUGCUAUAAUCGGAGAUGAUGGAACGUCGCUAGGACCCAUUGGUCCCGGAUCAAAUCGACACAACGACCUACGACGUCAAAUUGAAGCACUCAAAGAAGAUUUAUUACAAACAGAAGCGCAACGGGAUGAUUUUAAAAUAAAAUCGAUGCAAUUGGAGGAUGAGCUUGUGGUGUUGAAACUUAAACUGGAUGAAUCAAGUCAAGCUCAAAGUGAAUUGUCACAAUUGAAGGACGAACUGGAUGCAUUACGUGAGGCAAAUGACAAGUUAAAAGUGAGUGAAGCACUCGUAACUACAUACAAAAAGAAGCUCGAAGAUUAUUCAGAUUUAAAACGUGAAGUCAAACAACUUGAAGAAAGAAAUGCGGAUCUAACACAACAAACGUUACACAAAGAAGAAAAUAUGAAAAAGUUAUCGGCACUUAAGGGUCAGAUUGAGCUAUACAAAAAGGAGAUUCAAGAAUUGCAUAGUCGGCUCGAUACCGAAAUCAAUAAAUGUGUUAAAAUUGAAUUUGAGCUCAACAAUUCGAAUGCAAAAUUGACUGCAUUACAACGUGAGUACGAGAAUUUGACAGUUGAACGGGAUUCCCUCCUGGAGCAAUGUGAUCAGUUCCGAUGCAACAACGGAAUGACAACGCCAAGCGAUGGUGCCCGUAAUGCAAUUAGCAAUGAACUAACAUUGCCAGCACAACGAGAGAAAAUUCGACAUCUAGAGGAAGAGAAUAAAGCGCUCCGUGAAGGACAAGGUGGUCAAACGGCAUUGGCACAAAUGCUUGAAGAUGCCAAUCAACGUUCCGAAAAACUUCGCGAACAAUUGAAAGUGGCCAAUCAAAAAAUUCUCACGUUAACCGCACAAAACGGCGCCGAUGGAAGUGAUUCCGGAAAAUUGGCACAACAAAAAGAAUCUCUUGAGACCAACGAUCAAAAAGGUCUUCAAACUGAAAAUGGACGAUUGCAAAGUAAAUGCUCACAAUUGGAAGCAUCGCUGAAUGCACGUGAACAGGAAAUCAUUCUUCUUGAAGCAAAAUAUCGAAAGUGCGUUGAAAAAGCCAAAGAUGUGAUCAAAUGCUAUGAACCACGGCUGAUAUCAUCAGAUUCACCUCAAAUCACUGAUAAGAAUACAGAUAGUGAAAAUGAAUUACUUGUGGCAUCAUCACAUUCACAACCAACAAUGAGUCCUCUUGAAGAGCGAUUGAUGGCAACUGCUUACCAUAACUUGGCUGUAUCAUGUCAACGAGAUGUAGUUGAUGCCCGUUUGGCUCUGAUCAACGGUGGUGGUCAGAGUUUUCUAUCUCGUCAACGACAACCUCCGACACGAAAAGCAUCACUAAACAAACGUACAAAAUGACUGUAGUAGUCAUGGUUCUUUGUUUUGUUACUUUUUUCCGAUCAUUUAAUCAAGUUUUCUUUGCUUUAAAAGUCUCACAAGUAAUUGUAAAAAAGAGCUUACACAGAGAAAAAUUUCGCACCUGUUUAUUAAAUUGUAUUACAUACAUCAUAUGUAUUAUCACUCAUAUAUUAUACCCCCUCAAAUUGUUUAUAUUUUAUAACGAUUUUAUGAUUUGGCAUCAAUGUUUUUUUAAAGUAGUUUCAUUUGAGCCUUCAUCAAUUUAUGACCAAAAAUGCAUAUGCACACAUACACAGUCAGACGUAAUCCCACGAAACUGUUGAGAUCGAAUAAUAAAUGGAGAACAAACAUUAUUUUUCUAAUUAAAAGAGUUGAAUAUAUUUCAUUUAUAAAAAUAAAAUUAAGUUUUUUCACACACA